GUCCUCCCUGGUUCGGUGGCUCCUCCUCGGCGCGGCUGCUCCCACAUGGACCUUCCUCCUCCUCCUCCUCUUCCUCCUCCGUCCGUCUGUUGCAUUGUCUCACUGGGGACGAGGCGCACGGUUCCCGGCACCAUGGUAACCCAGGACCGGGAAGAGUAUUAGAGACAUAAAUAAAAGAGAGACGCCAAAGGAGCAGCAGCAGCAGUAGCAGCAGCAGUAGCAGCAGCAGCAGCUCGUUGCUGAUCCAGAACCUUGAUCUGAGGAGCCGCUGCUGCAGGGGCUGCUGUGCACAUGGCGCGCUAGAAAAGCUUCACGAGCAUUCGCGUCUGAUUUGAAAUGGAUGUGUUAUUAAGCGCGACCUGGCGCCGGAUCAUUCCCGCCUAAAGGUCCCGGUUCUGACAGCAGGAUGGCCGGCCGCCGCGGCUGCGUGAACUCGCUGUGGUCCGGAGCCGAGCGCGUUCGGAUAGGAGAACGUCUGAAGGCGACGCUGGCCGGAGUCCUGGAGCUGGAGCUGCUCAGGUGCAAGCAGCUGGAGAUGGUGGACGGAGCCCUGGAGCGCCGGGAGACACCUGCCGCAGAGGGGGGCAGCACCGAGGAGGAGGGCGGCCAGAGCGCUGCGACAUCCCGCGGGCAACAGGUUGUGUGUACGUCAGAAACGACUGUAUCCCCCUGCCAGAGCAGCCCUGAGGACAACUGCAGCAGCGGUGGUGAUGGGACCUUAUCAGGGCGGGCGGGCGACUUGCGAUGGUCCACUCUAUCAUGGGACGCCCCCUCUGAACUGCUGUCUCCACCAACACCUGACGCCAGUGGGACCCACUUGGAUAGUGACUCUAGACCUAGCUCAGGGUUCUACUCCGUGAGUGGCAGUUCUUUGUCAGACUCCUGCUAUUCAGUGUCCAGUGAAGCCGCGCAUGGAUGUUCGGCAACCCAACCGAGGCCUCAGAAGGAGCAAGCGCUGGUGUCAGACAACAGCGACAUCGUGUGGUUAGAAGGCGCAGUGCAAGAGCAGCAGCCAAUCGUGGACGUUGAGACAGUAGAGGGGGCAACAGUUCCAGUCUCAGAUGACGUCAAGGUGACGGGUCUGAACUUCCUCUCUGACAUGUGUUCAGACUUCAGUCAGGCCUGGAUCUCCUCCCUACAACCAAUCCUCGACCCCACCGCUCCGGCAUCUACUCCUUCCAAAGAAAAGACCCCCCUUUUGGACCCCCGGUACUGCACAGACUUGGUAUCCCGUCGGACUAAAGAGGUGUACUCCUACCCAAGCCCACUGCACGCGGUUGCUCUCCAGAGCCCUCUUUUCACCUCUCAAAGUCCGGACCAAUCAGCUUCUCAAAGUCCCGAAGAGGCAUCAACCAACGAUGGUCGUGAUUCCCAUUCCGAUCAAAGACAGCUACCUGAGCCCCCGCGGUCCAAGGCAGUCAUCUCUUGCACACAGCUAGAGAAGUACAUCCACCGACUUGCUCACCAGUACAACAGUCGAGUGCACUCGUCCGCCUCUGAUCUCACUUUACACAGUGCAAUCACGCCAAGGGGCCUUUGCACGCCUGGGAAAAGUCACGGCUCUACUCAAUCCCUCUCGACUGUCCCAGGGGGCAGUAUUACGCCAUGCAAAUCCCUGCUGGGUAACUCCGCUCGAGUGAGCCUCAGCACUACUGGCAAAAAGGCCACCAGAAACUCAAUCAAUCUGGGAAACCUUCCAUCUGCUACUGGAGAAGAUCUGAACAUUAACCUCCAUCUCAACCUGAAUCUGAAUCUUGCUCCUGGCUUAAAGUCCAGCCGGGAAUUGACGGACAAUCAAAAUAACUGUGGAACAUUAGGAGGUGAUCUUGCAGGUGCUGCUACAACGUCUGUGCCCUCCUCUGCUCCGGCACUUAGAGCUCGACCGCGCAUCUCCACCUGUCCCUCCAGCUUGAGUCACCGCAGCUCGCUUGAAGUCUCAUCCAGUCAUGGGGCCAGUCCAGGAUUUGGGUCGACUGCCUUCUCUCGAUCUUUGGACUGGAGCACUGGGGGACCGUCGGACCCUGGACUAUCUGUGUUUGGUGCGAGUUGCGGAUCAGCACCAGGAUCACAGCGUAGCAGCUUGAUACAGGAGUCCAGUUUGAGUUCCAGACUAAGUGAAGACUGCCACGUGGUGGGUGAGAUCUCCCGUCUCUCUGGCCUGUCCAGAUCUGUGGUUGUUGGACUGAUGGAGCAAGGAGUCGAGCUGGAUGUUGAGUGCUUUCAAGCACAUGGUGAAACAAAGCUUCAAAGAAAAAGUCACCUGACAGCUCAGACAGAGGCAUCUAACUGCAGCAGACAGGCCGAUCUGAGCCCUCAGAGACCCAUACAGCUGUCGCUCAGUGUCACCCACAGUCCACAGUCUCAGGCCAGCACCACUCCUCCACGCUCACUCUCCAGUAGCCCCAUGCAUCCAUACCAGUCCAUUCAAGUUCCAUCACAAUACUAUCCCUCACACUGCCAGUACCAGCAGGUGUCUUCCACUUCUGAUCCGCCAUCAUCCACAGCAUCCUCCCCUGCCUCCCGACCCACCCAAAGGGGACGCUCCCCUCCACGUCCACUCCAACAGUCCCCAAUGACUGCCACCCCUCUGACAGUAUUCCGAAGAGACGCACCAUUCCAGUGUUCAUUGCCGCGUACGAUCACAAGGAACUCAACUUUGGAGCAUGGAGCCAUUCAGCCAAGAGGUGGAUCGCUUCGCCAAAGCAUGGGAGGAAGCGGGGGUGGUAGCGGGUGGAGUAGAGCUGAAGGGGAGGGUCUUUAUAAAGGUAAACAUGCCUCUCACAAGUUGAUCAGAGCUGCAACAGUCAGCAGCUAUGGGAAGAGUGAGGACUACAGCGAGGGAUGGGCUAUAGAGCGAAGAGAACAAAUGGUGACGCCCAAAAAGAGCACCAACAAGUUCUCUAGAGGCUUUGACAGGAAUGCUUUGGGCAACGAGUCUGGAAUUGAUAGGCAAGAUAUGGACAGAUUUGACUACGGCUAUGGCUGGAGAAGAAACAGCGUUGGAAGCUGGGACAAGGAUCACCGGCGACUGAGGGCAGCAUCCAGCGGUCAGGACAGGAAACCAAAGGCAGAAAACUCCCCCACCAUAUUUAAGAAGAAGGUGAAGGAUGAGGGCGAGAGACGCAGCUCCAGCCUGAGGCCAUCCAGGAGAGCCCUCUUCAGGAGCGAGUCUCAGGGCUUGCUUGUGCCGCAGAACUACAUGGAAGAACCCAAAAAACGGCCACACUGGGUCUCAUCUUUCGAUGUGGGCCGUGGAGACAUUGGUACCGGUAAAAAUGAAAGAGGCAGACUGCUGAGGGCGAAAGAAGAAGAGAAGCGCCUGUCCUCCACAGCCAGUCUUUUCAACCUCUCCCGAUCUCAGAGCUUGGAAGGAAGCAGUCACUCCCUCUCUCCUCUCUCUUCCCCUUCAUUUUCGCCAUCCCCUCCACACAGGCUGCCCCUCCAACGUUCCCGAUCCCUGAGAGAUUUAGGAAGAAAGGUCUUCGGCUCCAUGAGGUCUCUGAGCCUCAAACGCAAACCGUCCAAGAAGUGACUCUAAAUGAACUUAAUGUACAUGUGAUUUUAUUCACUGCAGCUGUGCAGAGUGGCAUUAUUUUGCAAUGUGUUAUAAAUUCCCUCACCAUUUGAUAUUUAUAAGACAAUGUCUGCAAUACCUGGAGAAACUGACGCGGCAAUAAGAGAGAAGACUGCCCGUCUGGGGUCAAAACAAUUGUUGUGGAAGUCGAAGUGCACUUGUUUGGUGGCUAAUAACGACAGAGGCAAACCAAAUACGACAUUAGCAGGCUGCAAAAGUGAUUAGAAGCAUGACCUUGGAAGUAAAAAGUGAAAUACAGAUUCACUUAAGUUGUUCAAAUUUAAUACAAGCAAAAUGAUUACUAACUUUGCACUUUAGUAAAAGCUUCACUUCCAUAGACACAGGCACUCCAACUGAACGAGGCAGAGCUUGUAGUCACCUGUGUCCAGCAAUCUGAGUGAGACACAUCUGUCUUACUCUGAUUGCUGCAGCAAGACAGGUGGGCAGCAGAUCACAGUCCUUUUUUAUUUUGAACACAACUCCUCAUAAGCCUGCUUCAACAGUAGAGCAAAACUGAGUCUCAUGUCUUUCUAUCAUGAUGAAGUUGAAGGAUAGUUCACAACCAUAACAUUGUCCAAUUCCAAAUGUGUGGGCUACCAACGUUUAGUGAUAUUGGGCAGGACUGUGGACACCACCUCUGCAAACCACAAUGCUAUCAAACCAGUGCACUCUGACAUGGAAAUGUCUCGAGAACCCUAGCCAACCAAAAAAAGACAUUACAUGGAUGAUGAAGGUGUUGAAAAUUUUCAAGCUGUAUAGCUAUUAUCAGUAGAAUGUAACGUGCUUCAGAUGACCAACAAUGAAUGUUGAAAACACAGCUAUUUAAUUCUGGUGAUACUUGCGUUUUUGAAGCUUCCAGUAGUGCGCAUCAUGUCCUCACCACCUUCACUGAUAAAGCUGUUUCGUGGACACUACUGGCUGUUAGCAGCUCGUACAUGAUGUGAAUACUCUUCUAAUGCAUGCUGCUCUGUGACUCUGUGACAGUAACGUGAGCCUUCUGUUUUUGGGCAAUAAUGCCACUGAAGUACAAUCAUAUUGGCCAGACAAUGACCAAAACUAAGCAAAUACUCUUUAACUUGAUAUUGAGCUCAGGAUUUUAAUGGUAAUGAUUUAUUAUAAAUGAGUUGAGACACCUGUAGCUUCUCAUGGCAGAUGAUGAAUAAAACUCAUCUA